AUCGUUUAGGUAGCUAGUCAGCUAGGUGCUCACCUAGGCUGAGGGGUCGGGGCUUAUUUCAGACACUGAUAAAAAAUAUAAAUGGAGCGAGACGCCGGUUUAAAACCUAUAUUUUGUAGGCACUAAACGGUUAAACCGGUGUGAAACAGGGCAGCUGAUUUUUAUUUUUUAUUUUUUCCCUUGCCAUGAUUGUAGCUAGCUAGCUAACAUACCUCACUUGCUAAACUUGAAAGACAGCUUUAAAAGACUUUGGUAUUCUUCCAAACAGUAAUAACCCCCUCUCAAAGUAGCUGAAUUUUACAGUGACAUAUGACUUUAUUGUCCAGCAUUAAGACGCUGAGUACAAGGUUACUGGUGCUUCAGGAGAGUUUUAGUACAGGACGCAGGUAGAUGGUGAAAAUGGUCAGUUUCGGCAGUAAGGUGUGGUGUGGGGUGGCGAAGGGUUGUCGCCACCUGCCCAUCAUACUCAAUACAACUCUGGUGUUCUCCAUCACAGCUGAAGUGAGCUAUCUGGUGUUGAUGGAAGCUCCCCUGGAGCCAGCACAGAAGGAGUCUGAGUGGUCUGCUCACUGGAAGACCAUGCAUCUGCUUGCACAGUACUUCAUGUUGGGAAGCAUAACAUGGAACGCCUCACUGUUCCUUAAAACCAACCCAAGCAUCCGUGGAGUGUUUCUUAAUGGAGAUAUCGUAGGGCAGGGAUGGAGAUACUGUUACACCUGUGAGACACACACUCCUCCAAGGUGCUCACAUUGUUUUGACUGCAACGUUUGUGUCCUGCGUCGAGAUCACCACUGCGUCUUCUUCGGACAGUGUGUGGGUUUCCGGAAUUACCGUUACUUCCUGAGCUGCCUUCUGUUCAUGUGGGCUGGUUUGCUGUACGCGGUGGUGAUGAACGCUGAGGUCUUCAUCGUCAUCUUGAAGGAAGGAGUUACUUUACACAGCGUCAUGCUGCUAAUGGUGCCAUGGAUUAUGCUGGUCACUGGUCAGGUGACAGCGCAAGCCUUUACCUUUGCUUUCAUUGCUGACACCUGUGUGGUGGGCUUCUUGCUGGUCUCUGCCUUCCUCUUUUUCCAUGUGGGGUUGAUGCUAAGAGGGCAGACGACGAGAGAGUGGUAUUCAACUCGGCGGCCAUACAGUCUCGGAGUGCUUGCUAAUAUUCGUGAGUGCCUGGGUGAACACUGGUACAUCUGCUGGCUCUGUCCUCUCAUUCCCUCCACCUUGCCUGGCGACGGGAUCAACUUCAAAGUCACUGGCUCUCUUGAACCCAUGAAGUGAAGGUCCUGCGCAGGCUAUACAUCUGAAAAGAUUCUGAAUUUCUUUAUAUCUAAAAGUGGAUGCAAUUGAUUUGAUCUUUAAAUCCUAGCAAACUAUGUUUUUGUGGACAGCAUUAACUUUAGGGUCAUGAGCAGUCAAAUUGGUUGAGCUCAGCUAUCCAUGCUAAUGUGAAGUAAGAGAUAUAAGUAUUAUAAAGCUAGGGAAGGAUUUUAUUAAAGAUUUGUAGAUUUAAAGCAUUGAAUACUGUAACUGUGCACUGAGUCAAUUAUUCUACCAGCUAUCUCUAAACAAUUACCAGCUACCUUUGCAUUUUGGGUACCAGCAAGAAAUCUUAAUUUAAUUUUUUACAAGUUAUUUUGCCAAAUCACUGUAUAUAGAAAUGGUUUAUGGGUAGUUUUUAUUUUUAGGUGAUAUUGAUGGGUAAAAUAUGUUUUGUUGUGGAGUAUAUUGUUAUGUAGAAAUUGCAUUUAAUGCACUUACUAUUGUUCCAGCAGAUUGUAACAAGUGAAUGCUAUUGCAGUGACAGGAUUUUGUUUUGGAUGCAUUAUUUUUCAUUUCCUCUUUUUCUUCUUUCCUAAUUUUCUUCUUUUUUUAAUGAGUCAUUGAUGUGCCAAAUAUCAUGUUUAAAUCUGUAUGCCAAGGUAUUAAUGUUGCAGUCUUGUAUAUCAUUCAUAAAAGCAUUCUGUUAGAGUUUAUUCAAAGAAACAAUAAAUAACAGUUAUGUGAUAAGAACAUAAUGUGCACAGGUUUAUAAAUACAGCAUAUAAUUAUUUGUUCUAUGGUGCAAAAUAUGAUUCCUCCUACCUUACUGGUUUUGCAUUAAUUCUCGUCUAUAAUCUAUAUCGUAAUAACUAUUAACAAAUUGGUGCUAUUGAGUCUGCAGACUUUAAAACACAAUUAUUUUGCAGAAAUUUUUUUAUGACAAUCUCUUCAACCUAAUAAAUCAAUAAUCCUAUUAGUUUUUGUUCAUAUACUUUGUAAGUAACAGGGUCCUAUUUAAAGGGUCUUGCUGUUUUGUUUGUUUUGUUUUUGUGUUUCUCCAUUAAGGUGCAUUAAAAAUGUCCUAAUCAGGAAAUCCCCAGCCCUGAAGGCAUUGAGCAAGGACAGGUGCACUGCACAUGUUUUAGCAAAAGGAAUAGCUAAUAUAUAUAUAUAUAUAUAUAUAUAUAUAUAUAUAUAUAUAUAUAUAUAUAUAUGUACUAAUUUCUGCAUUAAACCUAUUUCUUUGUUGUUGUGUUCUUAGCUAGCAUUGCUACUGUAUUUACCUAGAAGGAACCAUGCUGUGCCUUGGUGGUGGUGUUCCUCAACUUCAGCUCCUUGAUGUACAAGUCCUUGUUUACAUAUUUGGGUUUAUAAUUCAUAUUGCAUGUGCAGUUGGAAAAAUAGCUGUAAGUCUAAUUGAAGCAUAAAGGUUUUUCAUGCCAUUGUCCAUGUCGAUAUGAUUUGGAUUAAAUGUCUACAGUGUUCAGCUCAUACAGUGUUCAGUGAGUCUUUGUAGUGUUUACCAAGGAUGUAGAUGUUUGUGUAACAUAAUAAUUUACCAGACUUAAACAACUUCAACUCUAGUUUAACACCAGUUACUUGUAUUUGUACUCCAUAAAAAAAGGACUUAAAUUCCCCUUAUUGCCUCAUAUUGAAGGAGAGAUUGCACUAGUGUUUUAUGGUGCAUCUUGCAUUUUUUCUCCUAGGACUGGUUGAAAGUCAUUUGGCCAUUUCAUUCAUUUAUUAAAUUCA